UAAGAAUACGGCUUGAAAAGGUAUCUUCACCUUUUGACCGAAAGCAAUGGAAAAAUCAGUCCUUUUCCUAAUCACACUGGGAAUUGUAACUGCAUUUUAUCCGCAACAAGCAUAUUCCGCCAGCGAAACAGCGAAGAGCACUUUUAGAUUUUUGUUGAACUUUUACCGGAGACCAGUCGUCAAAAUCAUAAAGAACUCCACAGCACAUGAAGAUAUCCAAAAACAAUCCAUAGAUGAGGCGGAGCUGAAACGAGACGAGAUCCCAGAGCCUACAAUAGCUGCCACUUUCAGUACAGCCACCAUAAACUUUCCAAUCAACAGAUACAUGGCGAAUGUCAUGUUUCAGUUGUUCGGCAAAGAUGGUAUUCUGGAAAAAGGUGGAUUCGACAGAAAUGGUUACAUCCGUACGGAUGCCUCAGCCUCGAUCGUGCUCCUCGGUGGCUUCGGGAACAGAUCCGAACUUUUACAUGAGGUAUUAAAAGCGCAUGACACGCCUAUUAACGCCGGAGCAAUUACGUUGGUUGUACAGCUGUUUUUCAGUCCCGACGACUUUAAUCGAUUAACGAACUGGCUUCGGGAAGAAAUUCGGGCCGGCUAUGAGAACUUCGACGAUCCGUGCUCUCCGAUAGUUUGUAUUAAGUUCGUCUGCUGUACGAAGAUUGCUAAUCCUAUCUUAGGUCCAAAGUUCGGAACGAUCCGAGUUGGUAUCGAUUAAGAGGAAACCGUAACAAGAGGACAUACUUUUGGUAUUUACAAAGCUAAGAAAAUCGUUGUAAAGUGUAGUGUGUGAAGCAGAGUCAAGAAGAAGAGGUAUAAACUAGAUGGCAAGUCAAAAUCAUUUUAACCCAAGACAGACAGACAAUAAGACAGACAGACAGACACAAAGACAAUAAGACAGACAGACAGACACAAAGACAAUAAGA